UAUAAAAAACCAGAGCCCCAAGGAGCAACUACUGUACACAAGGCAAGCUCUUCCUGCUUUGGGACUCUCUGGCUUCCAUGAUCCCUCUCCAAUAUGAUCCAAGAGAUGACUGGGGUUUAUGGGCAUUGUAUGGGCUUAAGCCUUUACCUGUGUGUUUGUGCCUAUGUGCCUCCAAGCAGCCUUUGGACUUAUGGCAACCCCAUGAAUCCAGUGGGCUCUUCUUAGGCUAGGACACAAAUACACACAGGGAUACCUUUAUGGGGCCAGCCCAAAUGCACAAAAUGCAUGAUGCAAAGCUGUUAAAAGUCUUGCAAGGGUUAAGGAAACUCUAGCUCCAGUUCCUAGAGAGGCACUAAAUACAGUAUUUUUUUUUUAAGUGAAAGUUGGGGGACAAAAGAGGCAGUGAGGAGGAGGAGGAGGAAGAAGAAGAAGAAGAGCACAUGGCCAGAGGAGGAGGACAAAGAGCAGGCAAUCAGAAGGGCAGUGGAAAUGGUAAGGAGCUGUCUGAAAUGGCUUCAAAUGCAAGAAGGCGAGGAGUGGGGAAACAGAGCUUUGGGAAUCAAAUGGGAGCAAAGAAAUAUAAAGGAAACAACCCACGGAAGAGGAGAAGGAAGUCUUCUUCCUCAAAAUCUAUUGACGCCCAAGAACUCUGGGGUCCAAAAACUGACAAAAGAGGAAAAAAGUGUCCAGUGUGUGGGAAAAUAUACAAAUAUCAAUUAGCAUUAAGUAAACACCAAAGAAGCCACGCAGAGGAGUCACUGUAUCAGUGCAUGGAGUGUGGAAAGCAAUAUACAAAUAAAAGGAUUCUCAUAAUACAUCAAAGAACCCAUAUAGGGUUGAAACCAUAUAAAUGCAUGGAAUGUGGAAAGAGCUUCGGCAACAGCGGACACCUUAAAGUACAUCAGAGAAUUCAUACAGGGGAAAAACCAUACCAGUGCAUAGAAUGUGGAAAGAGGUUCGGUGGGAGUGGACAACUUACUUCACAUCGAAGAACCCACACAGGGGAGAAACCAUUCCAAUGCCUGGAGUGUGGAAAAUGCUUCAUUGUAAGUGGAAAUCUUACUGUGCAUCAAAGAAUACACACAGGGGAGAAACCAUAUAAGUGUUUUGAAUGUGGAAGGGGCUUCAGUAACAGUGGUAGCCUUAAUCAACAUUUAAGAUCUCACACUGGGGAAAAGCCAUAUAAAUGUAUGCAGUGUGGAAAGAGCUUCAGUGGAAGAAGAGAACUGAUUUUGCAUCAAAGAAUCCACACAGGAGAGAAGCCCUAUAAAUGUGUGGAAUGUGGAAAGGGCUUCAGUGUAAGCCAAAACCUUACUGUACAUCGGAGAAUCCACACAGGAGAGAAACCAUAUAAGUGUAUGGAGUGUGGAAAGAGCUUCACCAGUAGUGGGUAUCUUAAGAUGCAUGAAAGGAACCAUACAGGUAAGAAACCAUACAGAUGUAUAGAAUGUGGAAAAAACUUCAGCUAUAGUGGAAACCUUCGAGCACAUGAAAGAGCACACAGGGGGGUGAAACCACAUCAAUGCAUGGAGUGUGGAAAACGUUUCAGCCAAAGUGGACAUCUACGUUCACACCAAAAAAUCCACACUGGGGAGAAACCUUACAAAUGUACCCUGUGUGAAAGGAGCUUCAGCGAUAAUGGAUGCCGCAUUAGACAUGAAAGAACUCAUACUGGGGAGAAACCAUAUAAAUGUAUGGAGUGUGGAAAGAACUUUGGUAGGACUGGAGUCCUUGCUUUACAUUUGAGAACACACACAGGGGAAAAACCAUAUAAAUGCACAGAAUGUGAAAAAAGCUUCAGUGAAAGAGGGAAGCUUACAAUACAUCAAAGAAUCCAUACAAGAGAGAAGCCGUAUAAGUGCACGGAGUGUGGAAAGUGCUUCAGUCAUAAUGGAGGCCUUACCAUUCAUGUAAGAACACAUACGGGGGAGAAACCAUAUAAGUGCAUGGAGUGUGGAAGGAAAUUCAGCGAUAGUGGAAAUCUUAAGAAACAUCAAAUAACUCACAGGGGGGGAAAGCUGCAUGAAUGUGCGGAGUGUGGGAAAAGUUUCAGCAGAAGUAAGAGCCUUUCUUUACAUCAAAGAAUGCACACACACAGAAAUCGAGCUAAUACACGGAGGGUGUAAGUUCAACAAGGUGGAUUGGGUAUGUGUGUGUUGUCCCAUAGCUGAAACAGACCACAAAAGUCAGUUGUAUUGGUACAAGUCCAAAUUCUUCCCUUGCAACUUCCUAAUAGGAUACUAGUCUUGGGCAGAAACAGAAUCCCACUGUUUCUCACUUGCACAUGCUACAUGCUUAAUCCUCCAUGGAAGAGGAAAGCUUCCCAGUGCCGCCAGUCCAAGAGAUCCUGUCUGCCCAGUUUCAAGCCUCACAUGCCAUGGAAAAAGUUUUAUUAGUGCAAAUCUGCUGUAGCCAUGCGUGCCUUCGCCAUAUAUAGGAGGCAAGAGCAAACCAGCUGGCAAACAACAGCUGACUUCAGAAUCCCUUACUGACUAUUCAGCGAACAACAAGUCAGCAAGAAUAAGAGGGAUCAAGUAAGCAUUACUUCAUUAGCCACUGCCACCAUACUAAAACAGUGAGGAUCCAUAAGUGGCCAACAGUAUGGGCAGCCUAAGAAAAGGAUGGUGAAAGAAAAAUCAUAAUCCCUGGAUGCAUUUUGGAAGAGGCCUUCAAGUGUUCUGUAGUUUUUGUCUACUCAUGCAAGGCUUA